CGUUACCUUUGUUUGCACAUUAGACGAAGUGCUAUCUUCCAUAACGGGGUUGUCUCUUUGACUGAUAGGCAGGGUACAAUCUAAUUUAUUGCCAUAAUCUUGUGGUUUAUAACUAGAAGCUCAAAAGCGGAACAAUAGGAUCUUGAAAGAAGGCUACAUCAUGGCAACUCUUCAAAGGGCCGGAUUUUAAGACUUCUUGAAAAAGUGAAAAUACUUUUUACUGCAAGUGACCCUGGAAUCACAAUAUUUCAUUUAAUUUACAGCUGCACCAACAUGUGAACGAGCUAUUAACCCGAUUGUUGCAAAUUACUAUGGCAAGUGAAAAAAUAUAUUUCUGUUUAUAGUUUUCCUAUUGACUGACUUGCAUGUUUUUGGCUCUUAAACAUCAGUCCCUCAUUGCAUUCACAAGGACAUUAUCAACCAAAACAAGGCCUAAAGAGGGAGUCACUUUUGACGUAGAAUUAAACUCCCAGUGACUCUGCUGACAGUGUCGAAAGCCUAAAUUUCCCACCCUGUUCUAGACCUAUAGCUAAUGGUAAGUUACUAACUCAUUCUCUAACAACUUAAAGGCAGCUUCUAAUGUUUGGGUACAAACUGAGGUUAAAAUAACAACAUAGGUUUCAAUAUCCUUUUUAGUUGCCUAGGUUUUCAAGAAGUGUAUAAGUGUAUGAUAAAUAUGACAUUUUAUUUGGAUAUACUUUUUUCUUCAACAGUUCCUGUAGGUGGAACAAAGACCAUAAUGGUCAACGUCUCAGUUAACAAUCAACAGGCUGCAUACACAUACCUCGGUAAAGGCUUUCCUUUACUGCGCCUGAUCAAGCUCUCAAAAGGAGAAGAUGGUAGUGGAACUUGUUACAUUGAGGUGCCUGAGUGCAAAGAAAAUUACCUUCUUAGACAUUCAGGAGAUAACACACUAAAUAUCACCCUAAGAGCAGUAACCAAGUUAAUGGAGGGCUAUUACAAGUUAUAUCCUUACUGCCUAGGAUCUAACCACAAUUGUACUACAGACCAACCGUUGAAGAGUUUUGUACUGACUGUUGAAGGUGAAGUCACUUUAACUCCUAGAAGUGAUUAACAUGUAACUUCUCCCCAUAAUAUCCAUACAUUAUCCAGCAAACAGGUAGUGAGAAUACUUGAACAUAUCAGGUACAAGAUGUUACCUUGAUUGAACACCAAAUUCUCAUAACCAAUUUACAAUUUAACAUUUUUCAUAACCAAUUUACAAGAAAAUGUGUAGCAGCUAGAGGGGAGAAUUAACAAUCAGAUCUUGGGAGUUAAUGGGUUAAUUUACUUGAUUUCAGAAUAUCCUGGUUGCCUCUUGCAUUGUUUUAAAUAAAAUACCUCAGGAUGUGCAUAUAUCUCAGUCAGCCAAGGGUACAUAUCUAAAGAGCAUCCUUGUCUGCAUGUAGCUAUUUAUUGAAUACCUCAAAAAUGGUAUUUAAGGUUUGUGCAAGCUUGGUGACUGUGGCCCUGACAGUGACCUGAGAAAUUAAUGCUGUGCUAAAUUGCGUGAUUGUGCAACUGAAAUGUGAUUGUCCAACCAAGUAAAUUGGGGCUCAUAUAUCACAGUGAAGAAAAAAAUUAGAAUAUAGGAUAAGGAAUUUGUGUUAUUAAAAAAAACCUUCAUUGCUUUAGGUUUGGACAUUUUCAUAUGGUAGAAUCAUAUAACUUCCAACUUGAACUUUUGUAUCUGUUUACUAAAAAGGUGAACAGCUGCAUCGUAACUUAAUGUAUAAACAGUGAUGACACAAACUUGCUUUUUCAUCAUUGCAGAUAAGCCAGAGCCAACAAAGGUGACAACUGUUAAGACAGACUCAGGCCCUACAGAACAGGUUUCUUCAGGUAAAAAGGUGUAUGUGAUAAGGAAAUACUCUAGAAGAAUAUAAUUAACUUACAAAUAGUGUCUUAGUUGCUGAAAAAACUUUCUUUGUGAGGUAAAUUUAGCACACUGUUUAUUAUACAGUUUUUCUUGCUUUAAUUUUUUCUAAAUGUAAAAAUGACAACAAGAGUCACAUAAUUAUGAUAUAGUUAUGAUUCAUCCCACUCAAUGCCUUGACUGGUGGGAGGUUUCACUGCAGCCAGAAUCUCAUAAGGCUUGUAUGACUCUUUCUUUUUUUACUUACUAUAGCAUGCAUGCCACAGACUUCUCAUUUUCCUUAUUGCAGGUAAACCAAAGAUAACACAGGCUACAACAGUUACAACCAGUACAGGUUCUCAAGGUAAAAAGGCAUCAUUCAUGCAGCUGGGAUGAUAAAUUAAGGAUUAAAUUUAGGUACCUAAUGGUUAAAGAAAAGAAGAUGGAGUGUGAAGCUUAAGCUCCAUCAUAUUGGGUUUGAAAUUUAAAUUCAGUGCAUCAGCAAAUUGAUUCACACAUUUAAUUUCACUUAGUUUACUACUAAGCUACUAUGCAACAUGAGGUAGCUACAUGUAUAUCUUAAAUUAAUAUGCACUUGGGUACUGUUAGUAGUUUUUUUUUCAAGUAGACAUAAACCAUGUCAAAUUUUGGGUUCUUGUGUUCAAAAGAUAUUUGAAAUUCUCAUGAAUUAUGCUUUUAAUUAUUAAUUUGAAAAAUCUAUCAAUUUGUCAGUCACUCACUCAGUCCUUUAAUCAACACAUGCAUGAUGUAUGUAAUGCUUAUUAAUUUAGCUGAAAGUUCAUCUGGAGUGCUUUUCUCUAAUGUGAAUCUCUCUUAAUGUAUCCUAAAAAAGUUAACUAGGUUGAACACAAUCAUUUAUAAAAUCUUAAUUAUUGCCAGUACUUCUUUUAAUCAUUAAUUGUACUUGUCAUUCUUUAACUUUCUUUUUCUUCUUUUGCAGGAGCAGAUAACACAAAUCAUGCCGUUAUCGCAUGGGCUAUUUCUGCUACAAUCAUAGUUGUCAUUCUGAUUGCAUUGAUUUCUUAUCGGUGUUAUCUUUCACAUUGCAAGGGAAAAAAAUCUGGAACUACAGGAACUGCUAAAGAAAUGGUUUAACCCCUCCAUUUCUCUCAUUUUUGUCUGCACUGAAGUCAUUGUAAUUUUGUAUCAUGUUGAAGCUGGAUUUUCACAUUUCUGUGCAAAGAUAUAUAAUGUGAAUAUUCCCCUGUUAAUAGGUACUUCAUCUAGAUUUAUAAGUAAAGUGUACAUGUUUGUCUGCACCAGACAAUUCUGAGAAAUCAUUUAUGGAGGGAUAUUCUGUAUCAUAAAUUCUUGUGUGACAUGGCAGUAGGAUUGGAGGAAACUUUAUCCCUACCACUGAAGUUAUUUGGACACAGCAAGCAAUGCAGAUUAAAAUAAUUUAGGCUGUUUAAGGUGUGGAUUUAAGAAUAUAAUCAUAUGUACAGUAUUACAAAUUGUAAAAUGAUGAGUCAUAUAUUGUACCUUUACUUUUAAAGCAGUAUUCAUAUUAUUUUGUUGCAUUAACUUGUUCUAUAACAGCCCAAAGGAUUGUAUUUCCAGA